GUCGAUCGAUCUAGUCGAGGAGUAAUCGAGCAUCGCGAGGAGGUUCGUCGUCAUCGUCGGGUAGCGCAACACAAGUUGGUUUCUCAAACCGCAUCUUCACUGGUUUUGCCACCGCUGCCGCAAGCUUUCCAGAUUCUUGCCUAGUAGGAAGUAGCCGGGCUUGCAUUUACGAAGGACAAAACUGUGAAAGUGUGAAGGCUAAAAUUGAUAGUGAUUUCGACACCGAAUACUAAUAAAUAAGUGCUCUGGGCUAACAGUGAAGGUAAUAUAGCACAGCACUUCAAGUAAGCAAGGAAAAAGUGAAAUGUGGAAAUAAAUGUUAGUGUAACAUAAAUACUAAACGUCCAUAGAUGGUGCAGCAGAUUUCACAGGCCGAUUUUGCAGUGUAGCGCAGUGGGCAAAACUUCAAGAAGCCAUAGGCCACUCACUUGGGCUUGGAAUUGCUGAUUGCCUCGAGGUCUAAGUGUUUUUGCUGCCGCUGCUAUUGCAGAAAAUCCAUACGCCGUUAGUUGUAGGAAAACUUGUUUUUCCUAACCACGCGAAACAAGAAAAGAGUGCAAUCGAGAAAAGUUGCCCAUACGUAACCUCUGAUGAAGCAACCGUGGUCGGUGUGUAGUGCUGUGCUGCGGUGUAUGUGUACUUAGGCAGAGUUAGAAGAGCUACAGCAAUCGUUACCUGUCAUAAUUUCAAGUACCGUGUUUGUGGUGUUCGAAAGCCGAUCGGAUCGCCGGAGUUUUUGCCUGCUUGCCUGCCUGCAAUCAAAAUGUUGGCCUCCAACGGAAAACCAUUUUCAUUCGACAAAUCCGAGAUCAAUCCGUCCCGGAAGAAGUCGUCGAUCAAGCACACGGUGCUGGACGUAGUGAUCUUUCUGCUGACCUCACUAGGCUACAUUUUGCAGGCCAUUUACUUUCAACUGUUCGGUAAACCAACAAAGGACAUUCGUGAUGAUGUGGCACUGGUCACCGGCGGCGGUGGAGGUCUUGGACGGUUGCUUGCCAUGCGGUUGACAAAACUAGGCGCCAAAGUUGUAGUGUGGGACAUCAAUCAAGAUGGUAUCGAUGAAACGGUCAAAAUCGUUCAAUCGUUGGGCGGUUUUUGCAAGGGAUACAAGGUGGACAUUUCCAAUAGAGAGGAAGUUUACAAAUGUGCCGAUCAAGUGCGGGAAGAGGUUGGAGAAGUAUCUUUGCUGUUCAACAACGCGGGCGUUGUUUCGGGCAGAGCACUACUCGACACUCCGGACCACCUAAUCGAGCGUUCCUUCAACGUAAACAUUAUUGCGCACUUCUGGACGACAAAAGCCUUCCUGCCGUCGAUGUUGGAGCGCGAUCAUGGACACAUUGUGACAAUCGCAUCCCUAGCCGGGCACGUCGGUAUCUCCAAGCUGGUGGACUACUGUUCGAGUAAAUUUGCCGCGGUUGGAUUUGAUGAGGCACUUCGAAUAGAGCUCGAAUAUAUGGGAGCGCAUGGUGUUUUUACGACCGCUAUAUGUCCCUACUUCAUACAAGCGACGGGAAUGUUCGACGAUGUGAAUUCAAGGUGGGUACCAACGCUGAACUCAAACGACGUGGCUGACAAGAUCAUUGACGCUGUUCGUAAGAACGAAAAAUAUGCCAUAAUUCCGGGUUACCUUCAGAUUAUGCUUGCAAUCAAAUGGAUUUUCCCGUGGGGCUGCAACUCGGGUUUCCUGCGCCGGCUGGUGCCGGACGCAACCCCUCAGCAUGCCGUAACCCCGGUGACGACGCCGACCGGAGCCAAACUGAGCGGCGACGCUCAUCCGCUGGCAUCCGGUUCGGCCGACAACAACAAUACCAAAACGUCACCGCUGCUGGUGCAUCGGUUGUCUACCGGCGAACGAGUACUUUAAGGAAGCUGCAGGCUGCUCAUUGGAACUAAAUAGGUUACUAAUUUCUGCGGAUUUUUCUUAGCCUUAUCUUAAACCGUGCAUUCAAAGGACUGAGAAUUUUACGAAUGAACAGAACGCAAGUCUAGAAAAAAAGAGAGAAAGAAAGGUUAGAAAAUAAGGUUUUCAAUAGCGCAUGAAAAUGGGUAAAAUAAAUAGUUCUGAACAAAAAGUUUUAAAAAUAAAUAUUAAGGGUAGUCUGUAAGCGGUGGAGAAGAAAACGGAAAUGAAUCAUUGUGAUUGUCUUUUAAGUAACAGUACGGUAGAAAUAAGGCUGGAUCAUUCCUAUAAGUUCUGGGAUUACAAUAGCUUUAAGCUAAAGACUAGUUGUUAGUAAGUCAGUAAGACAUAAUCCUUAAAUCGUUCUACUUCUUGCCUGUUGUUUCUGACCAAGAAAACUCCUAUGACGUUACGAUUAUAUAUCUACAUAAGUGAAUCACUGAUCGAAUCCAUUAGAUUUCAUGAUGAAAAAUUAGUCGGAACAAUGCAACUCGUUCAUUUCAUGACCAAGUAUAUAAGAGAUAUAAAUUUGGCUGAACUAUCAAAACAUUAUCGAUGUUCUUUCUCUCCUCCAUUCUUGAAGUGUCAAUUUUUCACGGUUGGCUAG